GUGUAUGCGGACCGGGGCUGGUACGGCGACGCUUGGACUACAGUUGGCGAGAAGAUCUAUGAGGCAGCUUUGGAGCACCAGUGCGACAUGAUCGUCACCACCUCCAUGGGAAACACCCACUGCCUCGACGUGGCCGAAAAGCUGAAUAUCCUGUGCUUUGCGCUGAAGUUCUGUCCGGACAUCGAUGGGCAGGUUCCGACAGCAGACUUCCCGCCUUCCGGCUAUCCCUCCGGGCCCGGCUUCAUGAACCUCUUGUUCCACGUGGUGGAGAACCUGAACACUGUGAG